CUCACUUAGUCAACAAGCUUUACUAUUGAAGGACUGGGCUGCUUUUUUGCUGGUGCAAUGGGAGGCGGGCUAGGCGUAACCUCAUUCAGUAACGCAAUAGGAGCUCUUGGCUUGACGAGGGUAGCCUGCCGAAAUCUCAUCUACGUAGCGUCGGCCAUCAUGAUACUUUGCGGUAUCGUGCCAAAGUUUGGGGCCGUGAUUAACACGAUGCCCGUGCCGGUUACGGGCGGCAUCUUCUGCCUCGGUAUGGCUCUCGUCACGGGCGUCGGCCUCAGCAACCUGCAGUACAUAGAUUGGCAUUCGUCACGCAACAUCACCAUACUCGGCUUGAGCAUGCUGCUCGGUGUCAUGAUGCCCGAGUUCAUAAAGACUACCCCAGAUGCAAUCAACACGGGAAUCCGAGUGAUAGAUGAGGUGGCAACUCUACUUCUAUCAAUGGGCUUCUUCAUAGGGGGCAUGACAGGAUUUAUACUGGACAACACGGUGCCAGGAACACCGCUGGAGAGAGGCAUCAUAUAUUUCACGAGUGCCGAGCACAGCACGUUCCACGCGUCGAAGCUCGCCACGUACGACAUUCCGUACGUGACCGGCUACCUGGACAGGCUAGCCAUCAGCAGAUACAUCCCACUCUUUCCACAGUUCGGACAGGAGCGACGCGCACGCCACGACGCUGCCGACAACAAACAUCCGACAUCGGACAAGUGUGACACAGGCGGGCUAUAACAACUCGGAUGUAACAGAGCCUGCUAAUUACUUGAAAAUAAAAAGAAUAUAGCCGAGUUGAUAUAUAUA